AAACCCUCCAUGGCGAUACGCUGGGGAAUCUGCUCUGCUGGGAUGAUCAGCCACGACUUCCUCGUGGCCUUGUCCACGUUGCCGCCUGAGGAUCACCAGGUAGUAGCCAUUGGUUCCCGGGAUCUCACACGCUCCCAAGAAUAUGCCAAGAAGCACGGUAUCCUCAGGGCCUAUGGAUCUUAUGAGGAAUUGGCACAGGACCCUGAAGUAGAUAUCGUGUACGUGGGGUCAGUCCACCCACAACACCACCGGCUCACCAUCCUCUUCCUCCAGGCUCAGAAGAACGUCUUGUGCGAAAAGCCCCUAGCUAUGAAUGCUGCCGAAGUCCGGGACAUGAUACGCGUCGCCCGGCAACACAAUGUCUUCCUCAUGGAGGGCUUCUGGACAAGAUUCUUUCCCGUAUCAGAGCAGAUCCGCGCUGUGCUGGCCCAGAAGGCUCUCGGGGACGUGAAGAUAGUCCAAGCUCAACUCGGCUUUCCAUUGAAAGACAUCCAGAGACUGGUUGAUAAAAAACUGGGAGGGGGUGUCAUUUUGGACCUGGGAUGCUACUGCGUCCAGUUUGCUUCCAUGGUCUUCGGGGCUGAAAGGCCACAAUCCAUUGUUGCGUCAGGACUGCUUCACGGCACAGGAGUGGAUGAAACGACCGCCAUCAUCCUCAACUACUCAGGGAACCGGCAGGCCAUCCUUAAUGUCACCAUGAUGCUCAAACUGCCAGGAGGGGCAGUAAUCGGGGGAACUGAAGGAGUUAUCGAGAUCCCCUCACACAUGAACGCUCCCACGAUCAUGUUCCUGAAAGGCCAGCGCUGCGAGUGGCCCCUGCCCCCCUCCCCGGAACCCCUUUUCUUUGAAAAUGACAUGGGGUUGAGAUACGAAGCCGAACACGUCCGGCAGUGCCUCCUGAAGGGUUUGAAGGAAAGCCCCGUCAUGCCCUUAUGCGAGAGUGAACUCAUAGCCACCAUUCUGGAUGAGGUACGGAGGCAGAUCGGGGUGUUCUUCGAGGGAGACGGCUCUAUCAAAGGCCAGAGUCGAAACACCAAAUAA